AUGGUUAAAUUGGGGAAUAAUUUAAGUGACAAAAACAACGCCAAAACCAACGCCAAAACAGUCUCAGAAGAUGGAUUCGACACCAUUCCCCUUAUAACACCCUUAGAUGCCAGUCAACUGCAGUUUCCUGUACUCGACAAGGUGGUGGUAAAGACCAAAACAGACUAUGAUGGGGAGCACAAGAAGAGCAAGCUGCACUCCCCCAAGAUAGCAGCAUUCUCAAUAAGCGUCAUCGAAGGGGUAUCUGAGCGACUUAAAGUCACUCUGCUGGUGACUUGUGCUUUGGCAUUUCUGGUCUGCGUGAUGUUUCUGGUGGUCUAUAAAGUCUACCAGUAUGAGCAGCCCUGUCCAGAUGGCUUCAUGUACACGCAAGGUCGGUGCAUGCCGACGGGGAUAUACGGCUACUACCCCCCUGGUGGGCGCGGGCGUCUCUUCACCAUCAUCAACCACUACAACAUGGCCAAGCAGACCAUCACCCGGUCCGUGUCCCCGUGGAUGACCGUCAUGUCAGAGGAGAAGGUCACCCAGCAGGAGACCGAGACCCACCAGAAGCUGGCCUAA